AAAAUAACAAUAAUAAAAAAAUAAUAAAAAAUGGGACUAAAUCAUUUUCAUUCCAAUAAAACAAGUAUUUAAAAUGAUUAUGCAGAGAGACACAAAGAAAGCAGGAUGCGUCCUGCGUCCAGUCUGGGAUCCACAGGUCUUAUUUAUUUCUCACUGACGCGCGCUCCCGCCGUCGCAGCCAGAGCGCUUCUCUCACUCUCCUCCCUUCACUUCACUUCCUUCCCUCCUCUCGACAGCAUCCAGAACUAUAGAGCAGCAGUUCCCCUUCACUCGUGUUGCUCCCCCCCUCCACUCUCUCCCUUCCUCCGUCUUUCUCUCACUGCCAGAUCUCUCUCUCUCUCUCUCUGUCUCAAUCUCUCUCUCUCUCUCUCUCUCCUCUCUGCUUCUCCCAUCUCUUCGCAGAACCUCUCCCCAGCUCGGUCCGCCACUUUCUCUGACGCACGACGAGGGGGGUGGGGGGGAAGGAAAAAAACCAAGUCGAGGCCGAUAUGAUCCACACGCCCGAACCGCCGCCGCUGCGCUGACGGAGACGCGCUCCUGAAGCCGCCAGGAGAAACACUCUCACCCGGUUGUUGAACGCUCGCCCGAGAGGCGGCUCAGGGGGAGGAGGAGGUGGUGCUGGAGGAGGGGGAGGAGGUGGUGGGAAGGGUGGAAAAGGAAGAGGAUGGGCAGAAGUGGAGGACUUGCAUUUUAAACAAACUGCUUAGGAAAAAAAAGAGAGGAGAGAGAGAGUCGGUAUCACUGGAGAGCAAGAGAGAUAGGGCGAGAGAUCGCAUUCUUAUCACGUCUUCAUUUCUUUUCUCUCCUCUCUUUCGGUUCAGCCACUAAGAGAGGGUGAGGAAAAGGGGGAGAGGAAGAGAGAGGAGAGAGAGAGAAAAACAGAGAAAGAGAGAGAUAGAAGAAGAGGAAGAGAAGGGGAGAACGAGAGAUUUACCAGAUUCAAACUAGUGAUCUUUUUUUUUCCCCGAUGCUUUCCAAUUGCUCAACGAAACUAAGGCGGCUCAGUCACCCCCUUCGUUUUCUCGUUCUCUCCCCCCUCCCUCGCAGCCCGGCAACGGACCGUGAGACGCGGGACGCACCGGGCAACGACGGGACCCAUCACCGCAGGAGGAGGACAUGUGAAGUUGGAAUCCCUCUAAACUAAUGCUGUGAAGUGGCUCUGUCCCUGGAGCUGAAACUUCAUUGCCGUGGUGUCAGCGAGGAUGCUGUGGGUUACCUUGCUGAGCACCAUAGCCUUAGGAUGGACCACACCAAUCCCACUGCUGGAGGACUCGGAGGAGAUCGACGAGCCCUGCUUUGAACCGUGCGACUGCGAGGUCAAGGAAGGAAUCUUCCAUGUCCAUUGUGACAGUAAAGGAUUUACAAAUGUCAGCCAGAUCUCUCAAAUUUGGAGCCGACCCUUCAAGCUCAACCUGCAGAGGAACUUAAUGAGGAAGCUCUACUUCAACAGUUUCCUCCAUCUUAACAAUGCUAUAUCCAUCAAUCUGGGUAAUAACGCCUUGCAAGAUAUACAUGCUGGGGCAUUCAAUGGUUUGGGAAUACUUAAACGACUGUUUCUCCAUGAAAACAAACUAGAAGUUUUCAGAAACGACACAUUUCUGGGGUUGGAGAGUCUAGAAUAUCUCCAAGCAGAUUAUAAUGUUAUUAAAAGGAUUGAAAGUGGUGCAUUCAGGCACCUUCACAAAUUAAGAGUACUUAUAUUAAAUGACAAUCUCAUACCCAUGCUGCCGAAUUACCUUUUUCGGUCUGUGUCCCUAACACAUUUGGACUUGAGAGGUAACAGACUAAAGACAUUGCAGUAUAAAGGCACACUGGAGUAUGUUGGGCGGAGCUUGAUGGAAAUCCAGCUUGAGGAAAACCCUUGGAACUGUGUGUGUGAGAUUGUCCAGUUAAAAACGUGGCUAGAGCGAAUCCCUUACACAGCUUUGGUGGGAGAGAUCACAUGUGAGACCCCGUUCCACCUACAUGGAAAAGACCUGCGGGAAAUUAAACGCAGCGAGCUCUGUCCUCUUCUCACCAAUGCAGAGAUUGAGGCCAAGCUGGGAAUUCCUCGGGUGCCAUUCAGCAAUGAGAACACUUGGCCUACUAAACCUUCCUCCAUGCUCUCGCCCUUUCACAACACAGCCUCUUCUGUGGAGUACAAGGACAGACCUGCAAAGCCUACCAAGAAGCCUACCAGACGGCCCACAAAGAAUCCACCAACUCCUCGUAGCAUUUACCCAGGCCUCAACCAGCCCCCCAUUGCUGGCUACCAAACAAGACCACCCAUUCCAAUAAUCUGUCCAGCUAAUUGUAUUUGUAAUCUUCACAUCAAUGACCUUGGGUUAACAGUAAACUGUAAAGACAAAGGCUUUCACAACAUUUCAGAGCUUCUGCCUCGACCCCUUAAUGCCAAGAAAUUGUAUCUUAGUGGGAACCUGAUACAGAAGAUCUAUCGUUCAGAUUUCUGGAACUUCUCAAGUUUGGAUUUACUACAUUUAGGGAACAAUCAGAUAUCCUAUGUCCAGGAGGGUGCAUUUAUCAACUUGCCAAACUUAAAAAGUUUAUAUUUGAAUGGUAAUGACAUUGAGCGGCUCUCUCCUGGUAUGUUUCGUGGACUUCAGAUGUUGAGCUAUCUUUACUUUGAAUACAAUGUCAUCCGUGAGAUCCAGUCUCAUUCUUUCUCCCUAAUGCCCAAUCUGCAAUUGGUUUUCCUCAAUAAUAAUCUGUUGAGGUCAUUACCCAAUGAUGCCUUUGCUGGCACCAACCUUGCACGUCUUAAUCUUCGCAGAAAUCACUUUGUUUCCCUGCCAGUUCAUGGUGUCCUGGAGCAUCUGACUUCCAUCGUCCAGAUCGAUCUCCAUCAGAAUCCCUGGGAUUGCUCAUGUGAUAUCAUCCCUCUCAAACAAUGGCUGGAAAAGCUGUCCUCGGUCAUUGUGGUGGGGGAAGUCACCUGCAACACACCAGAGUAUGCUUUUGGAAAGGACCUGCGUUCGCUUGAGGUUGAGGUCAUCUGUCCUGAGCUGAAGUAUUCUUCAGGUCCCUCUCCAGCUCUGCCUGGUGGGGAUGACCUCACCACAGGGAGCUCUGAAAUGGGGGAAUCAAGUAGGAGAGGGGCUGUUCCACUGUCGGUUCUCAUCCUCAGUCUGCUCAUCCUCUUCAUUUCAGCAGUGUUUGUUACUGCUGGGCUCUUUGCCUUUGUCCUCCGUCGCAGAAAGAAGCUACCUUUCCGGAAACGUUCUGAGGUGGACUUGACUGGAAUCCAGAUGCAAUGCAGGAUUUUUGAGGAUCCGCCAAGGCAAAGCUGUGCCGGCAACCCUGGCACGCCGGAGAAACCAACACCCAGUUUGCACACACAUUCGCACACUACUCACACACAUGGACAUGGCCACGUUUAUGAUUACAUCCCGCACCCUGUGACUCAAAUGUGUAACAACCCUAUCUAUAAGCCAAGAGAAGGAGAGAUUGCUGAGGAGGAGAUGGCACAGUUUGCAGAAAAGAAAGACAAUGGCAGCAGUAGCAACAGUAACUAUAGAACCUUGUUGGAGAAAGAGAGAGAGUGGACCUUGGCGGUCUCCAACUCUCAGCUAAACACUAUUGUUACGGUCAACCACACCACAGCGGACAUUUCAGGAUUUCAUGAGAAUGGAGGGCUCUGCCCCACAGUGAUUGACAGUCAGAGGCCCACACCAACAGUGGGCUUUGUAGACUGUUUGUAUGGGACAGUGCCCAAAUUAAAGGACAUGCAUGUUGCACAUGCGCAUCCACCAGGCAUGCAGUAUCCAGAUUUGCAGCAGGACGCACGGCUGAAGGAGACGUUGCUUUUCACAGCUGGGAAAGGCUGCUACCCUGAUCCCUCCCAAAGUGAUUACCUCGAGUUAAGGGCCAAACUUCAAACCAAGCCAGAUUACCUCGAAGUCUUGGAAAAAUCCUACCGUUUUUAAUAACUUUGUAGCCCGAUAGAAGAGAACAACAAAAAAACCCAACAUGAUCUUGUCAUUUUCACUAUGCCACCUUACAGACAAAAUUACGUAGACCAAUCUUAAAGCAAAAUUUGAUAAAACAGCAUGAAUUAAAAUAAAUAUGUAUAAUUAUACAGUCACAAUGCCCCCACUCCCACUUAAAAUCACCUUCGAGGAGAGAUCAUUCUCAGAUGUUUAAAUUAAGUGCCUUUUUUUCAGAGUAGCCAGCAACGUCAACCGUUAUUUUUAUAAUAUAUAAAUAUCUCUAUAUGCCCUGAAGAAAGCAAAGGAGAAAAAAAAAUGGGGCUCUGGGAAAUAAAACACAUGAACCAUGUUACAUCUGUCACUAAAAUCCAUUUGUAUGGAGCUAACAUGAUGUUCUACUAGUUACCAUGAGGACAAACGGGAGCUGGACGUCUCCCUUACUUUUUUUUUUCUUUUUUUUUCCCUCUCUCUUAUUACUCAACUAGGAUGUACAAACACCUGGAAUCUGUGCACAUUUUUUUCUUUGUAGGACAUUAUCAAAAGAGUUAAAAAAAAAUACUUAUAUUCAAACUGAACCGCAGUUUGCUGCAUGCACUCGCUUCAGUGCAGGAAGUGAGAGGAUUUACUCAGAACUAUCACGUCACUGUAUGAACAGAGAUACCGCAACACAUCUAUGGUUCAGUGUUCUAUUUAAUUUUUUAUAUCUUAUUAAUAUGGUUAUUACUAUAAAUGAAGACAUAUGUCUAUAUCAGGGUGCUUCUUGUAAAGAAAAGGAAGCGCCGAUACAGAGAUGGUAAAACAUUUGUGAAUAUUAUUACGAGACCAUACUGAAGGGUUUUCUGAAUAUUUCCACACUCUUUGUUAUGGCCCCACUCCCUCUUCCCUUCUCAUUGCUUCUGGAGUUCCCAUUGCAAUCCACUAACAGCUUUGUAGUAAGCACUUUUAAUGUUUUCUCUUUCACAAAGAUUUGAAGAAAAGAUGUGCAUAUAUUUAUUCUGUAAUUUCAGUGAAGAAUUUUAUUGUAAAGAUAAUGUUAAAUCAAUGUAUAGUGAUUAUGCGUCUGGUAUAGCCUUCUUAAUAAAAUCAAACUCUUUAAUCUAAUUGAUGAAGGUGUCGAUACCAAUUCCAGUGGAACAUGUGUGGAGUGGAAUAACAGGGUGUGUAUCAGGUGUAGGACGUGGUCAGCCAUUAGCUGUUACUGGACUCAAAAAGCAUGCUAGACCGAGAAGCAGUGCAAGGUAUGAUAAUGCAAACUUAUUAGUAUUCAUAUAAUGGGAUUUUCAACCUAUCUAAACUACAUGGAAAGCAUAAAGACAGGGUGCUUAUGUUUUCUUCUUUUUUAACAGAGGGAGUCAUUUUCAUAUUUUUAAUGCACAGUUUGACUUUAUUUUGUCCAGCACAUUGCAGAGUUUAGCCACAUUUAAUCUAAAACCAAAGUAAAACAUGACCCAGGAAAAGUAGAGUAAAUGCUGCUGCCUCUGGAAGAAGAUAUCUUAAAAAGUAAAAGGGAAAUCAGUGAUUUGAUCAGACAGCUACAGCUGUCGCUAUCUGAACAUGUAUCACUGAUGUAUGCAAGUGAAAUGUGAGUGAUAUCAUAAUUGGAAAAUACUUUUGUAAUUUAUACAUUUCAUUAUUUGGCUCUUUCAUCAAGUUGGCUAUGUGCUUUCACUCCACUGGAGGGCGAUAAGUGUUCUGCCAUUGCAGAAAUGUUGUCAUUAUAUAAGCUAGAUUGGGUUUAGCUGACAGAUACACACACACACCCACACACACGCACGCACACACACGCAUGCACACAUGCAUAUUCACACAUGUACACAUGUGACUAAAUCAUGAAGAUAUCUUAUUAGACUAUUAACUCUACAAUAUGAAUUGAAUAUGUAAUUUACUUUCAGCAAUCAUAAUUUUAUGUGAUUUUUAAUUGUAUACCACAGGCUCCUUUCUUAGCCUCCUCCAUUCUACAAACAAUGAAAAGGAAAUUUUAAACAAAGGCUGAGGGUUCUGUCAACUAUAAAUUAAUUUGCUGUGGAAGUCAAUAUUUUCAAACAAUAGACUCUUUUGUUUCUUAUAGUAAUAUUUUUUGGGGAGAGAUGUGAAGCAGUCCUGUCAAACUUGUAAGUACAGUGAAUCUAAGACGUUUACAUAUCCAUGUUAAAAUGCCGGUGUUUGAUGAUGAAACCACUGAGACCAAUACAAAUUCUUUGAGAAUUUUUUCCACCCUUAAUGUGACCUUUAACCUAUAUAACCUGACAUUAUUACAAAACUGUUUAUUUUAGUGAGAAUGAAUAUCCCACAGCAAAUGUUUAUUUGGAAAUAUUUGGUUUUCCAUUGCAAUGCUCUAGACUUGUUCGACUGUGAAGGCAUCUCUUCUGUUCAGCCUACUGUAACCACCCUAUAGAUUUCCAAUCAAAAUGAGGUCUAAGGUGUUGGUAGACUAUAUUGUGAAAAAAAGUUAUUUGCUUCUGGAGAAGUCAUUAUUUUGUGGAUUAUGAAAUGCACUGUGAGUUGGUGUGCUGAAAGCUGAAUUCAGUUUUCUGGUAGAAAACUGAAUUCAGCUAUGAAAACAUUGAAAGUCAGUCUCACAGUAUGAUGUUGAUGCCACUGUGCUUCAGUUUUAUGUAUCAUAUUCUUUUGGUGAUGUGUAAUGUCGUUUUCUCCCUAAACAAACAUUUUGGGAUUAUGGUUCUGAAACUCAUCACUGGUUUAAUAAGAUUAUAACACAUUUUCCCAUGUAUUUUUAACAGAUUAGGCUAGAAGGCUUUUCUUUACAUGAAGAUGCUUAAUUUUUUUUCUAUCUUACCGUUGUAAUCCAGGCCCAGAUAAAUGGAGAUUACUAUCAGUACUUGUCAGAAGUUCAUGCAGCUCCUCUUGGCAGCCUCCCUGACCAAUUUUCACUGUAAUAUCAUCACCUUUGAAGGAAAAUCUAAUUCUUGAUAAUGACAAUGUUGGGAGAUAUUUUCUACACCUGAUGUGUAGUAUACAUAAUGCCGUAUAAAGUAUUUUGUGCACAUCCCCUAAUUGGCACGUUUUGACAAAGAGAUCCCUCUGACGCCUUUGAAACUCUGCAGAUUAUUGUGCUUGCUCUGAGAUGCAACACAGAAAAUGUCGGGAAAAGCUUACAAGGAUGACUGAAUUUAUGCCAUGGUUAUAAGAGGCACUCUAAACGGUGACAGGUGUGUACUGAUACCUAUUUAAGAUGAUUAGAUAGGGUAUAAAAAUAUAUAUUAUAUAGGGUAUAGGGUUGCCAGCCAGAUCCCCACAUAUGAGAGGUUGCCCACACUUUCAUUUGAGUUGCAUGUGAAAUAGGUUACAUGAAAGCUUUAAAAUGUUCUCAAACAAUUGAUCUGGGUCUCAGUUGUUUUGGAUCACAGAAACAUAAUCGAUAUUUUACACUAAGGUAUACAGACACCUUCACUGUGUGUGAAUUGGGAGACUGAUUCUGAUUUUGUUUAAUCCCUUUGCUUUGAUUUCAAUGAAUUAAGUAAGUGAUGCUUAGGUGGAAUACAGUGUUAUAUUGCCUAAUAUAUGUCAAUAUAACACAAACUAAAAUGUAGCAAACCAAAUUUUAUUUUCUAAAACAUGUUGAGGUAUUGAUGUUGAGUCAUCUCCGGUAUCGGUUAUCAGUGAUUCAGUCUACAAGCUUGCAUUAAAUUGAGCAUUUUAUCUCA